AAGAAAGACCAUUAGCAAGAAGAUCAGUGUGCCAAAUGAUGAUGAUGGAGAAGUCACAUGGAUCUGACAGCCCUCGAGGAGGCCAGGAGAGGAGCCGGAGAGGCAUCCUGCGGUCCACCAAGAGGGCCUGGGCUCCCCUGGAAGAGCAGCCGCCUCCAGGCUCUGAGGAGGAAGGCCAGAGUCUCCCCACGCCCUCGCUAGACGGUUCCAAACAAGAAAGUAUUCAGCGGUGGCUGGACUCUGGGUCCUUUGUCUCUGUAGAUGAAAACUUUCAGCAAGUCACCGACCACACAGUUUUCUCGCAUGAACAAGGAAUGGUUCAAAUGACUGUGAAAGACUACCUGAGAUCUCUGCACCAAUGUUCAGAAACUCCCACCCUAUCCAGAGGGACCAGCUUCAACUCGUGCCAUUCUGCUGUGAGUAUACCACAAAGCAUUCCUGAGUGGCUGGAAUUUGGGGAAAAAGAUCCAGUGGACAUUCUGUUGGAUCUGGGGUUUGGUGCUGACGAGCCAGACAUCUGCACACAAAUUCCAGCCAGAUUCCUGGGUUGUGACUCAGCAGCCACAGGGAUCAAUAUCCAUGUUUUUCUUGAAGCUCAAAAGCAGCGAAUGGACAUUGAGAACCCUAACUUGUAUGGCCGUUUCCGACAGCUGGAAAUCCUGGGUCAGGUGGCCAAUGCCUUCUCAUCUUUGCUGAAUGAUGUUAGCACCUGGCAGAGCAAAGCUGAAGAGAAAGACGAAGAGGAAAAUAUGCAAAGAACUUCAGUGAGUGGAGCCGAAGGACAUCCAGGAAGAGAGGGGGAACUUUUCAGGAGAGCCUCGAAGCAGAUCAGGAGCGACGGUAGUUCAGAAGUGUCAGGGUCUCUGAAGAAGAGAGAACAUUUUUCCAGCACCUGUGCAGGACCAGGGGGAUGUGCAAUAGAAUCACCAGCUGUGACAGACAACCUUGACCAAAGUCAUUUAUCUCCUUCGGCCGAGCAUUGGUCUCUCCAAGCCUGUGAUGACUUGAUACCUUGUCGUCCUCCCAGAGCUCUUCUGAAAAGGCGCUGGCCUUACUCACCCAAGCUAGCCAAGCAGACUCCUCCUUCCUAUGUGUCUGAGGGGUCAGUCAAGGACAGAACUCGGAAAGAAAAUGUGAUUCAGACUAACAAGCUCAAGAGCUUAUCUGGGGUGAGGAAGGCACCAGACUCCUUCGAAAUGGAAGAGGUCCAGAGCUUUGAAGAGGAGAUUGGUGAUCACCCUGACCUGACUUCAGGAGCUAAAGGCACCACAGUGAGCAGAGCAAACAGCUGCCAGUCUGACAGCAGUGGGUUCCUGGAGGAGCCACCGGACCCGCCAGCCCUGCAGAGGCCCUCCUUGCCUGGAGGCCCAAGUCCUGCUGAGAAUGGAAGUAGAAAGCCCAGGGGUCAGGGCCAGCACUCAGGGGCACUCCAGGACUGCCAGCCAGAGGCAGGCGAGUCUGACUCCACGAGUGUGGUGAGCACAGCUUCUUCCGGUCAAGACUGGAGUGUCUUAGAGGACAAGUCUUCAACAGCUGUGGUGGAGGAAGAGUCUCAGCUCGAGGCCACGGGGGGACCACUGGAACGGUUGGCCUCAGAUAUGGCCCUGGACGUGGCCAGCACUGGGGGAGAACACCCCAGGAAAGACAGCCAUCAGUGGCAGCCCCCGCCCGUGCCCCACACCCAACGUGAGGACAGUGUCGGCACGACGGCCUCCAGAUGUGACCAUCCUCUGGAGUUUAUGGUGACCCACCUCACAGAAGGGAAGGAUGGGUUCCUGAGGCCGGAGGGAGCUGGGGGCCUGUGCGUGCAGAGCCUCCACUGUGAGCCUCAGAGGUCACCUGGAGUGGGUCACCCUCAAGACAAGUUCCUUCAUGUUGACUCUGAGGCCCCAAGAGAAGCAGAAAGCUGUCAACUCUGUCCUGACAUCAACAGCACCUUCCUGACUCAGCAAGUCCCCAAGCCCGACGAGGCCAUGCCCCAUACAGUUGACCUUAUUCAAACAUCUGAGAAGUCCGUUCCGCACCCCAAUAAGCUGCCUGGAGGUACCUCUCCCCAAAUGAAGCUAAGGUGUAGAGCCUGGGGUCACAUACCACCCAGGGCAGAAUCUGAGAUGGGAACCCUUCCUUCAAAUGCUGACUCAAGCGCUGUCAGCUCCGAGUCUGUGACAACCCAGAUGUCCUGCAACCUGGUGUCAGCUGCUCAGAAUGCUGUGGCCUUGGGGACUGAUUCUAGAAGAACAGCUUUAGAAUGCACUGUGUGUGACCCUGUUAGCACAGCAGAACCUGUCCUGGGGGCCGAAGCCAGGCAGUUCAGUGAUGUCUCUGUUCAGACUUAUUUGUGUGAGCCCAGGUCCUGGCAUCGCUGUUCAGCUCCAGGAAACGAGGCCCGGCCCCUCACCAAAUCUGUCUCUCUAGACACGGGCUUCCCUAGUCCCUGCCCAGAGGACAUCUGCCAUGCUGCACCUGUCCCCUGCUGUGACUGCUGUCAUCACCAUCCCCACUGCCACUCGGCCUGCGGGCAUGGCCCGCGCUGGCACGGUCACCCAGAAGCCCAAUUCAUGAAGACUGCGGUGCGGGAGCUGUGCUCUCACACAGCCCGGGAGACGGAAGCAAUGAGGACGCUCUGCCAGUGUUUCCAGGAGCACUUGGAGGAAAUGGAAAAGCACCUCACAGGGCAGCAGGCCCUCUUUUCCAGGGACAUGUCCGAAGAGGAGAGGAAGGAGGCCGAGCAACUGCAGACUUUAUGCAAGGCCCUGCGGCAGCAGGUGGAGGAGCUGGAGCUGCAGUUAGGAUACCGGGCUCAGCAAAUCAGACAAGGGAUCCUGUUGCAGCUUGAUCUUCUCACAGGAGAACCACCUGCAUACGAUACAAACCCGCACCUUUAUGACUGGACAGAAGAAAAGAAUGGCCAGAUUUCACACACCCACAUCCACCCAGCCAUGGCCCCUGGGGCUGCCUUUCCUCCGGACGAUGGCCAGCAGGCUCCCUGCUCAGGGGAAAGGCCAUGCGAAGACCCAGAGGAAAGGCAGCCGUCUACAAGCCAGGAAGAGAAUCCUCAGCAGAAACCAGCCCUGCUGGUACCUUGAUCUUGGACUUCUGGCCUCUAGAACUCUGAACAAGUGAACCUCUGUUGUCUGAGCCGCCCGGAUGGUGAUGUUCUAUGACGGCAGCCCAGAUUUCCGUUCUGAGAAGUGGGGUGCUGCUGUAACAAAUGACCUAAAAACAUGAGAGCAGCUCUGGAGCUGGGCAAAGGGUUGGGACUGGAAGAGUUUUGGGGUGCCUAUCUCUUCAGAACAAGCUUUCUCCAUCUUUGCUGGGUGGUGGUCUAUCCUGUUCAGUUCUCAACGCCUCGGUAUGUUGCUUAUGAUGAAGUCCUAUGCAUCAUAGGUCAUGAUGGGUCCAAUCCUUUAUAUACAGAUUGAAAGGAUCCCUUUCUCUUGCUAGCUCCUCUCUGUGAAUCCCCCCCACCUUCUCUGACUCCUACGGGUUCCUUUUCCUGGCUCUGCCUACAGAACCCUGGUUUUAGCAUCCAUGCACGAUAAUGAACUUCCUGAAACUGGGUCUACCUCAGGGAAAAGCAGCAAAACAAGAGCCUGCCAAUUCCCCACUGCUGGAGUUGCUACACCCGACGCCACCUUCACGGCUGCUGCCAUUGCCAGUGCCAGGGGGAUGUCACUUCCUUGAGCAUGCUGAUCGUAGGGCUUAGAGGGGAGAGAUCUCUUUCCCCAUCAGCUCCUUCCCCAAUCCUCUAGCUCAGUGGUCGGCAAACUACGGCUC